CGAGAAUUGAACUCGGGACCUCUCGCACCCUAAGCGAGAAUCAUACCACUAGACCAAAUGCCCAUACAUCUUUUACAAUUUAAACUAAAUAUAUUUAAAUAUUAAACAUAGUGUUCAAAUCCUAACUUUGGUUCCCUCCAAAACUUGCUUCGUACUGAUCAUUUUCCGGUGUUUGGGGCUUCCUUCCAUUCUCACAAACCCACUCUCUACCUUCACAUCUUCCACACCACUUCUUGUUUUUGCUGCUUCUGUUCCAAUCCGCAGACGUUUGGACGCUGCUCUCUACUCCGGUCCUAGUUCUUAAUGGAUAGGUCGAACUUCACUACGCCCUCUGCUGACACGUUUUCACGUGAAAGCCCUAUUGCAGAAUCCCGAUUUCUGAACCUUGAUAUGGACAAUGAGGUUGUGGAUUUAUGCGAAUCUGCCUUGCAUACAGAAGGAGACUUGGAGAAACUAGUUGUGCUUGAUAGUGACGACGAAGGAGAAGGAGGUGAGAAAGUUGUGGUGCUUGAUAGUGAUGACGAAGUUAAUGGGGAAUAUGUUCCUGUCACUGGGAGAUUUUCUGGCAGGGGUGCCAUACGCUUGCUGAAACAGCAACAAGGUCAUGCUGGGUUUUUCAGGAGACAUGGUUACAAGUUCGGUGAACAUGUGCCAUUAAAUCUUGAUCCAGCUAUAGGUGUUGCAUAUGAUGAUCUAAGCAAUGCUGAGACCACCCUUCUGUGCACUGAUAGCUUUGAGGAGUGCCAUGUUGUUAUGGACAGUUUAAUGCCGACAUCAACGGAUCAAGAAAAUGCAGAUGAAGUCAUCUUGGAUGCAAAGUACCUUGAUACAGCCAGAGGAAGUCUGCCCGCAUAUUCCCAUGAGUUAAUAUCCUUGAAUACUGGGAAGGAUUUAAAACAGGGCUGUGAGUUUACAGAGCUUAAGUGCUUAGAAUCUCCAGAGCCAUCAGAAUCUCCUGACAAGGUCCUGGACUUUGUGGAACAUUACCUAUCUGUUAGUGAUUUAGGUUUACAUGAACCUGCUGAACCUACUAGAAAGAGUAACAGGAUGAAAUCACCUCCUCCAUUGUGGUCUAGAGGUUCUCAAAGUUUGGCAAGGAGAAUGAACUGUGAGUUAUCUGAUUGCAAGUAUUUGGCUUAUAACUGGGAUACAAACCAAUUUGAGAAUCAAACUUCUGGCCAUGACAACUUGCAUAAGAAGAUGGUAACAAGUUUCCAGUCAAUGGAGAAGUGCCCUGGAGAAAAUGACUUGGAUGCAAAUCUAUUGAACUCCAAGGACAUCAAUAAGUUAUGUUCUGGAGUCAAAUAUGAUCUGCUUGGGUUGAAUGAACAAUUAGACAAUGGAUUAUCUAAGCCAAAUGUUGAAAUAUGUGAACAAUUGAAGCUUACUCCUGAUUCAUUAGAUUUUGGCCUAGACACUCAAAUUGCUGCUGAAGCUAUGGAAGCACUUGUACAUGCCACUCCUGCUUUUGAUGCCGGUUUUGGUCCUCAAGGUUCAGACAGCAUACCUAAGAUCCAUUUUAAUGCUGCAUUUGAGAAUAGUAUAUUGCAUAAUGUGUCAUAUCCUGAGGAGGCCUUUGUAGGUUGGAGAUGCAAAGCAAAACGCUCGAGGUGUAUCAAGAUUCCUCGUUGUGUCCUGUUAAAAAAUGGAUGCUGCUCGGACAAAAACCAACCAGAGACCCCAAGUGACACUGUUGUUCAGUUUCCUGCAAGAAAAAGAUUGAGGACCAAUAAUCUGAGGAUUAUGAAAGACUUACAUUGUGGAAACAGAGUUGACACUAGUAAUCGCAAAUGUAGAGGACCUCGCGGAAUCACCUUAAAGCAACAGGAGUAUGGUUAUACUGAAAGAGAUGGCUUUAAAGAUUUUCAGAGACACCAUACUCGAUAUAACAGAAGAUCAAAAGAAGCUACACAUGUGACGAAGCCAAAUUCCCCCCCAAAACAAAGAAAGAUGAUUGGUUUAUUAUAUGGUGAGGCUGGCCGGAAUUGCUUGCAAUUUAACUGUGUAUCAUCGUUUGGUGUAAAACUGAAUUCAGAAGAAAGGACUCUUUCAAAGCCGAAAUGGCUGGCCUAUCCAAAAGGGAAAAGAACACGUCAAUAUGCUCCAUGCCAUUUACUUGGAUCAAGAACCCCAUGUUCUCCAAGUGCAGAAAUUGAGAGUGAUGUCAACAUAAGUUCUAUAAAAAAUGAGGAAGUACACAAGAGGAUGGAUAAAAAUUUAGUCUAUACAAGACGGCGUAAAUCCUCGGUCACUGAUUCAUGUUCUCCAUCAGUUAGUGAUAGUCCAUUCUCCGACAAAAUAGUGAUAACUUCCAUUGAAUGUGAUACACCCAAAUCAGCGCUGCAAUGGGAAAAAUCACAUGGUUUGCAACCUUAUCCUCUUGGUGGAUCGGGUAAUAUGAAGUCAAAUGAACACAUGAUGGGAUUACCAAUAUUUGGGAGUGGUAGCCAUAUGAAGCAACCUUGCAACUAUUUAUCAAAAUCCUCCCUAUCAAAGGAGCUCACAAGAUUGGGUUACACUGAAUCACUGCCUGCUUUCCUGCCAAAAGAUUCAAGAAGGAGAAGAGCUAUGGACAAGGUUUGCAUAUUGUUCAGCCAAAACUUAAAGCCAAACAUACUCAAGCAGCAGAAAAAGAUUGUGUCAAGGUUAGGGCUUCCCGUUGCAUCAUGUUGUGCUGAUGCGACACAUUUUGUUGCGGAUGCAUUUGUUAGAACAAGGAAUAUGUUGGAAGCCAUUGCUCUUGGCAAACCUGUGGUGACACACUCAUGGCUUGAGAGCUGUGAUCAAGCUGGCUACAUGGUUGACGAAAAGAAUUACAUUCUCAGGGAUGAGAAGAAGGAAAAAGAAAUUAGAUUCAACAUGUCUGUUUCGCUCACUCAUGCGUGCCAGCAGCCACUUUUAAAGGACCGUACAAUCUUGAUGACCCCCAAUGUGAAACCAAGUAUGGAUGUGAUAACUGGCUUGGUCAAGGCUGUUUGCGGGCAGACUUAUAUGCCAUGGUGGAAUGAUCCUCAGACAGUCCGAAUUAUGCUGGAAGCCCAAACAAAGGAUAAGGCAAUUCCUGAUGGUUUGAUAGUUCUCUCCUGUGAAGAAGAUUUCAGAUUUUGUAUCCCUUUCCUGGAGAAGGGUGUUCCCAUCUAUGACUCCGAGCUUCUGUUGAAUGGAAUUGUUACUCAGAAGCUGGAAUACAAGAGGUUUGAGCUUUUCAAAAAGUUCAUCACCAAAGACAGAUGAUGAGGCCUGGCCUGGAAGAGGAAUAUAAUCUGACCUGAUCUGAUUCCAUUCCAUGAAUUGGUAAAUGGUAAUUAAUCUGGAACCCAUCUUUUGCACUUAAUUGUGUUCUACUACUAUGUGGACUGUCUUUCUCUUGUCUUGUCUU